CCCCACAUAAGUCAAUAAUAUUUAGCUCUCCUCCUUCCUUUGCUCUUUACAAAAUCUUGGCUUCUCCCUUUCCUUAUAUAAACAUCUUAAAAACACCAUUUUCUUCUGUUUCUGCUAAGCUUUCAUUUAACAGAAACCAGCAAAAGAAAAAUGGAAGUAGCGAUACCCUAUAAUGAAAUGGAUAAUUUCGAGUUCAGUGCAAGAUCAUCACCAUUUACUAGUCCACCUUCUACACCAAAACCCUUCAAUGGUGAUUAUUACUUUAGUGCUCCUCCUAGUCCUUCUCAUCUCUCUCAAUUUUAUCGUGAAUUCAACAGUUUGUUCUUAGCUGAUAAUAAUGUUGAAAUUUCCAGCCAUGUUAGUGGAGAUGACUUUGCUUUUGAUAUUAGUCAAGAAUUGGAAAAAAGUUCUGUUUCAGCUGAAGAAUUGUUUGUUGGUGGUAUGAUCAAGCCUUUAAAACCAUCCCAUAUUUCACAAACUCAAACAAGAAACAAAAAACAAGAAACUGAACACCCUUUUGUUAUUUCUGCUGAAAAAAAUACAAGAAAAAGUAGUACAACAGAAAGGGAAAGUAGGGCAAAACAGAGAGUUUCAUCAAAUGGGAGUAUGUCAUCUUCUUCAAGUAGAAGAGAAACAAGAUCACUUUCUCCUAUGAGAAUUUCUCAAUAUCAAUGGGAAGAACAAGAAGAAGAAGAGGAAGAAGAAGAAAGAAAGCGAAGAUCUAAUUCUGCGUGUUCAGCUUUGACUUCAUCAUUUUCUAAUAAAGGAAGCAGAAAAUGGAGAUUUAAAGAUUUUUUCUUAUUUAGGAGUGCAUCAGAAGGAAGAGCAUCAGAUAAAGAUCCACUAAAGAAAUAUACUGCAGCUUAUAAAGCAGGAAAAAACUCAAGUUUUAAGGGAAAUGAUAGUCCUAUUUCUUCUUCAUCUAAAGCUAUUGUUACAACAAGAAGGAAAAAAGGACAAGUUUCAGCUCAUGAAUUGCAUUAUACAGUGAAUAGAGCAGUUUCAUCUGAUUUGAAAAAGAGAACUUUCUUGCCAUAUAAACAAGGGAUUUUGGGACAAUUGGCUUUUAAUCCUGCAGUUCAUGCAUUGGCUAAUGGCUUUGGAUUAUCACGCAAAUCAUGAUAAUUUUGAUGUUUAGUCAUUAAUUCCAUUUUUUUUUUGUAUAGACAAUAUUUGUCUUUUUAUUUUUAUUUUUAAUGUUGUUUUAUUUAUGAGUUAGGGGAGUGGUUAUUGUCAAUCACUGAAAACUGGUGAAAAAUAUCCAUAUUCCUGUAUAAGUUUUAAUAUUGUAAGCUGGAUCAUUAGAUGAAUAAUUCCUUUUUUCAGAAUUAA